AAAAUUCCUAAUUUAUAAUCGGAUUCCAGCGAAUGUAGCUGACUCUCCAUUUAUGCAGCCUAUGCUUGAUAUUGCUGCAGAGGUUGGAAAGGGGGUGAAGGGUCCAUCACCCUAUGAGAUAUCUGAAAUUUAUUUGGAGCAAGAGUAUCAAGAAAUGAAAAAUUAUAUAGCUUCUUUUGCUGGAAUUUGGAAGGAAAGAGGUGUAACACUUAUGUGUGAUGGUUGGUCAGGACCAACUAGAAAACACAUUAUAAACUUUUUAGUUUAUUGUGAUAGAGGCACCGUGUUUCAUAAAUCAGUUGAUGCCUCUGAUGUGCCAAGCAGAACAGCUGAAUAUUAUUUCAGAUUAAUGGAUGAGGUGGUUGAAGAAAUUGGAGAGGAGAAUGUUGUCCAAGUAGUGACUGAUAAUGAAGCUGCAAUGAAGGCAGGAGGAAAAUUAUUAAUGCAGAAGAGGCCCAAUCUCUAUUGGACAGCAUGUGCAGCUCAUUGCAUAGACCUUAUUCUUGAAGAUAUUGGUAAGAAAAGUAACGUGAAGAAGGUCUUAGAAGAUGCAAGAACAAUAACCUCAUUUAUUUACAACCACACAUGGACAGUGAAUUUCAUGAAGAAAUUCACAAAUAAUAGAGAGUUACUUCGCCCUGCCAUCACUCGAUUUGCCACAAAUUUCAUUGCUUUGGAGACUAUUGUCAGGCAUAAACAAGCACUAAGGGAAAUGUUUACAUCUGAUGCUUGGAAAAACUCAAGGUUUGGAAUGGCAAAAUCAGGCCCAGCAUAUGAUUCAAAGAAAAUUAUCUUAGGCAAAGAGUUUUGGCAAAAGGCCUCUGAUAUAAUUAAAGUGCAAGAACCCUUGGUGAAAGUUCUUAAAUUGGUUGAUGGUGAUGAAAAACCAACCAUGGGCUUCAUAUACGAGGCAAUUGAUAGGGCGAAGUUGGCCAUUCAAAAAGAUUGCCGGUUUUACAAAGACUAUUGGAAAAUUAUUGACAACCGGUGGAGUUUUCAGUUGCACCAAGAUUUGCACGCUGCUGGUAAGUGUAAAUCAAAUACAAUUUCUUAUUAUUUUAACUUUUAAAUUAUGCAUAGUUGCAUUAGAAAACUAUUGAUUAAUAUGUUUCUAAAUUUAAUUGUAGGGUAUUUUUUGAACCCACAAUUUCUUUAUGG